AUGCACAGUCCAGAUCGCGAGUCUUUUAUCGACCUCGCGUCCCCCACGUUCUCUCCUCUCAACGCCGACUUCAAGAACUUCUCUAUACCCCAGCCGACCCAGAACGCACGCGCAGAACAGCCUAUCCCUUACGAUUCCAGCAACGAUUUCAGUCACGGCGAGUCCUCUGCCCGCUCUACGAAACCCCGUCUCCCGCGCCUCCUCCCCACCGGCUCCGACAAGCCCCCAAUCCCCACUACCCCUAAGCCUGACUUCAGCCGGCUAUCCCGCUCGGGACAGUCUGCGUCAGGCAAAGCGAGCAAGACGUCGCCCAAACACGGGAGCCCCAUGUCGACAUUCGCGUCCGACCUCGACCGCAGUCUGAGUGGCCUCACGACCACGAACGCGCUGACCCCGCGCGAGCGCGCGCAGCGGGUGCGGACUACGCACAAGCUCACGCAACUUUUUGGGCAAACGCCCGGCGUCUCCCCUAUCUCGCCACAGAACGAUGCGCACCUCCCGAACGGGUGCAUGCCGAUCCCGGGCAAUUUGGCGCUGAAUUUGACGGCGAAGCGCAAGCACUCCCACCAGCACCACCGCCCGGCGGUGAGUAUGUCUGAAGAAGUCGUCACGCCCGUGUACGAGGCGGACGAGAUGGUGUGGCCGCCGCCGGACAGCACGCGCUACGUGCCCGUCGCGGCGCGGCGACACUCGGCGCCGUUGAGCCCGGACGAGUUUGCUUUCAUGGUCGGGCCCGGCGGGCGGCGCUCGAACGAGUCCGGCGGGUCGCGGGCGUUCAGCGCCGGGUCUGCCGGGGGGCGGGACGACUCGUCGGUGAUUGAGAUCGGGACGGCGGAGGGGGACGCGGCGAGCGUGGCCGGGUCCGGGCGGUGGACCGGGCGGGGGGAGGGCCCGGGGUCUCCGAUGUCGUUCAUGGACCUGUCGGACGAGGAGGGCGGGCUGUCGGAGAUCCUGGCGGAGACGCCACGGGGGCCCCGGACACGGCAGAGGCUGUCGCCCGCCGAGCUGUCUGAUAGCCUCUCGAUUUCGGCGGAGGAGCUCGCGGAGGACGAGCGCCGCCGCAAGAGAGAAAAGCUGGCCAAGCUCCACCGCUUCCUCGGCUCCCGCGUCCCCCCGCAUCUCGUCCUCGGCACUCUCGACGAGGGCACCCCGCUCCCCCCGCUCGCUGCUCCCUCCCCCUCCACCCCGCUCGACGACGACGCCGCAGAGCGCAGGCUCAAGAUGAGGCGCCGCAGGAGCAGUUCCGCCGCUGAGUUCUCCAAGAAGUGGUCCGACGACAUCGACCGCCUCAAGGAGGAGCUCAACGAGCGCGAGAAGGCAAUCAAUGUCCGCCGUGCUGUCAAGAUGGAAAAGAUGUUCGGCGUGGCUCCCCCGCAGACGCUCUACCACACACGCGCUCCGACCUCGUCAUCAAACAGCCUCUCUGCUAGUACGAGCUCAAAGGCGCCGCCCUCCCCGAGGGCGGCCCCGCGCAGCCCGUCUGCCCCUACGUUCCGUCUCAACCCCUCCGACUCCGGGCUCGGACACGGACACAAGUCCAAGUCCAAGAAGAAGAGCGCUCGCCCAGGCACAUCAGACUCGUCUGAGCCGCUCAUCCGUGACGACAGCAACGACUUCGGUCUCCUCGACGCCAAACGGUCCUCCGUGUACAUGCACUACCGUCAUUCCUUGAACUCCCUCAACGACAUCAUUGACAGGGACGACCGCGAGUCGCUCGCCGAGCUGCACGACUACCUCACAGGCCCGCCCACGUCCCUCGCAGAUGACCUGACCGUUGUCACCCCGACGGUCAAGUCGGAGCGGCGGCGGUCGCUCCCAUCGCGCACCAGCAUCGCGUCGUUUACGUCCGAGAUCAGCCUGAUCAUCGCGCCCACGCCGACGGAGCCGUCGUUCCAGCAGCGCCGCCGUCGCGCCGCGAAGCUCACGCACUUCUUCGGCGUCGACUACCGCGAGCUCAUGAGCGAGAUCCUCGAGAGCAUCGAGAAGGGCCUCGAGGAGGAGCGCGGCCGGGGCACCCUCCGUCCGGACGAAGUCAGAGAUCUGCAGAAGACACUAGUGUCCCUGAAGACGAAGCGCAACAGCCUCCGCCAGGCUCACGCCGAGUGA